UGUGUGUGAGUGUGAUUUACGUUCCACUGAUGCUCUUCGGCGUUCUUGGAAACACACUAACAAUUCUGGUGGUUUGGCUUCGCCCACACAUGAGAAGCUCCACCUACCUCUACCUGAGCAGCAUGGCCGUUAGUGACCUGCUGAUCCUCCUGCUGCUGCCUCUGGAUCUGUAUAAGCUCUGGAGACCCAGACCCUGGCCCCUCGGAGACCUCGUCUGUAAGCUGACCAUGUUCCUCUCAGAGUGCUGCACCUUCUGCACCAUCCUCCACAUCACCUUCCUCUCCCUGGAGAGGUACCUGGCUGUCUGCUGGCCAAUUACCGCCAAGACGCUGGUGACACGGCGCAGAACCAGGGCUCUGAUUGGCUGCCUCUGGCUGGGAGCGGCUGUCAGUGCAGCACCAGUGUUGGUCAUGGUCGGAGUGGAGGACGUUGGAGGGGGAGAGGAACUAGGCCUCAGGGGAUGGAGGGAGGACGCAGGGUGGAUGGGCACAGAAGGAGAACAGGGGGGAUUUAUUAUAGGUGGAGGGGAGAGAGGAAGUGGACACAUGACCUCAAUGGACGGAGGAUUGGAGGGAAUGAAGUGGGGGGAAAAAGAGACAAAGGGAUGGGGUGAAAGAGCUGCAGAGUUUGAGAGACAACUGACGAUUGGAGGAACAGGAGAGGGAGGAAAAAUAAAAGAAGAAAAAGAGGCUGACGAGGGAGGAGGUGAAAAAGAAGGGAAGAUGGAAGAUGACGGGAUGCAGCAAAAUAAAAUGAGAGAAGACGAGGGAGGGGGAUGGGAAGAGGGUGUUGAUAUGGGGAGAGAGGUUGACAAGAGAGAGUGCCGCUGCACACAUUUCGCCGUCUCCUCUGGCCUCCUGUCGGCCAUGAUGAUUCUCUCCAAUCUGUACUUCCUGGUACCCCUGUGCAUCCUGGGACUGGUCUACAGCCUGAUUGGACGGACUCUGUGGCUGCGUCCACAAAGCAGCCGUAAAGACCAGAGUCACCGACACACAGUCAAGAUGCUCGGAGUGAUCGUCCUGGCCUUCGUCCUGUGCUGGCUGCCCUUCCACGUCGGUCGGACCAUAUUCUCUCUUUCUCUGGGCACCGGUGCUGAAAGUCAGGAAACUUACACAGACACACACUCGGACAUGAACACUCCUCCUGAAAGCACAGGCAACAUGGCCUCUGCUACUGAACCCGUUAGCCUCUCAGACGGGGACCUGAAGACACGUGCUCACACAGACAGAGAUGAUGCACUCU